CAGGAGAGAUCGGGUGUACCGUUGCUUUUGCCGCUGUGCGUCUCGUAGACAGAAGCACUUUUUCACUGUUUCGUUUUGUGUAGAAACAAACUUCUUUUCGACAUUCCGGUGCUUGGUUAGUGCUCAAGCAAGAUUGCAUAGUCUGGUCAAGUGCAUGUUAGAUAACUUAUUUUGAUAAAUGCAAAUGCAAAUAGAUUUAUCGCCCCAGACGAAUGGAUAUUGAUGCAUUGGGCCACCGAAUUGCAGGUGUAAAUAUAUAUCAAGCAUUAAACAGCUUUCUGUGUUUAUAAUCAUAAUAAGCAUAUGUAUAGAAGACAAACCGAAGUACUCAGUCUCAGAAAAUGAUGAAUCGAGGAUUAAUCUGACGAAACAUUAAACUUCAUCUUUAUUUUAUACCGUUUGUAUAUUUGAGUACGUAGCGAUAAGUCACGGCCAGGGCUCCGUGUGCGAAAUCGCCGCCACGCCAUUCGGAUCGUCAACUAUUAUGGUUGUGAGCCUCUCGUGAGUUCGUAGACCGACUUCCCACAACAUGCUGCGGGUGUGGGCACUGACUUGGCUGUGGGUGGCGGGGUGCGCCCGUGCCUUCGGGUCCGAGUGGUCUUACGAGGGCGCCACCAUCACCCUCGCCAACCUCAACAUCUCCUACAGCGACCCCGCGACGGGCAUGAACAGGACGGACGUCGGCGAGGUGGGCAAGUUCGGCAGCGGGGCGGUGGGCGUCGCGGCCGGAAUCCUGAUCGUGGGGCACUCCUUGGACGGGGGCGACCCCAGGCACAACAGGCACGGCUGCAAGAUGCCCUGGGCGGUGGUGCCCCCCAAUGAGCCAUGGGUGGCGCUGGUGUCCCGCGGGGAGUGUGCCGACAGGGAGAAGAUCGCCAACGCCCAGGCCCUCAACGCCUCGGCCAUCCUCGUGUACGCCAAGGACGCACAAGAACACCUGCAGAAGAUCGCCCUGUCUUCUUUCUCACGCCAUAUCUACACCACCACCCUGCAGCGACUCCAGAGAUACCCAGUCAUGUUGACGCCCGACACGGAGACUCGGCGCGUUGUAGGAGGUCAGGAUUCUCUUCAUGUGUUCAUCAUAACAACGCCCUCGGUGCCCCUCGCUCCCCAUGACCAAGGGCAGGAAGGACUGGAGCUCGGUUGCGGUACACCCUGA